AUGUCCGCGUCAAAGGCUAUGUCACAAGCCUACCGAACAAUUGACCAACAACUCCAGCGCCACAUUGUCCGGAGCCGACGCAACUUUGUGACGCCCACAUCCCGUGCUCUUCCUUGGAGUCGCGACCAGGCCCAAUAUGGCUCUGAGAGAUCUGCUUUCGGAUCCGCAGUCGCGGGCGGAGUAAUAGGAGGCGGCGUCGUAUUUGCGGGUUGGUACUUGUGGUACAACUAUUCUGGAGCACGAGCUGCUGUCAAUACGAAAGAGCAAGUAAAGAGCUAUAUCGACGCGGGUGCCGAGCAGUUCAAAGUUCACUUUCGCGAGAUCACGCCAGGCCCGACAGAUGAAGUGAUCCGAUCGCUUCGAGAAGUCGCAGAGAAGUAUUCGGCUUGGAUACCGGGUGGCCGCGAGUUUGUUGACAAGUCGUUUGAAGACAUGGAAAAGAUUCGCGAGAGCCAUGAGACCGAGGUGAACGAGAUCGUGAGGGACGCGUAUGAAGAGCUGAGAGAUGUAGCAAAGAGGAACGGCACAAGCCUUGAGACUGUCAACGCCACCUGGUAUAUUCUGUCUCGACGGCUUGAGGAGCUAUCCUCCUUGGCGGGAGAUGUGGCAGAGCAGGUCUUUACCAGCCAUCCGGAGUUGCGAGAGAAGCUGGACAGCUCUUUCGAAGAACUUCGCCAACUUGGCGAUCGACUGGGCCCUGGAGCGAAAAGGGAGGUCGAUGAAACCUUUAGUCAGAUCGCGAACAUGGUCAAACAGGGGGUCAAUGAAGACACAGGCGACCGGGUCAACAGACUAGUGCAGGAGAAGGCGCGACAGAUCAAGGCGCGCAACGAGCUAGCAUGGGCACGAUCGUGGGAGCAGAUGCAGGUUCUGCUCGAGCGGAACCCCCAUGUCAAGAAGAUCGCGGACGAUAACAUCGAGACGCUGAAGCAAGGCAGAGCCAAGCAGGUAGCCGAGAAGAUCAAGCAAGCUGUUUGGAGUGGGCACACAGGCGAACUCGAGCGGUACAUUAAGGAUCUCUCGAAGAGGUCGCAGCAGUACUCCAGCGGGUGCCUCUCGAAUUGGCUCAACCGACUGCCAAAUGGAUCCAAGAUCUUGCCGCAGCUACAGAAGCUGAAAGAGGCCUCCGACACUAGAAUCUCGGAGGCUGAGCGGCUGGCCAAGGGGACUCUCGACGACAUUUCGCAGCUGCUCGAACAGAGAGGCCAGCAGGCAGAGAGGUUGCUCCAUUCUCAUCCGAGAGAUCCGAGCGGGUCAAGCACUCUGUGGUCGUGA